AAGUCCGACCAUUCCCAACGUCCGUUGGAGAGCUCUCUUGUACACAAUAUCCUACGUCUAUAACCACAAAGCCCGCUAAGAACAAGAAAUGGGUGUCCUCGAUAUCGUUCCGGCCGGAGUCUUGACUGGGGACAACGUCAGGAAGUUGUUCGAUUACGCUAAGCAGAACAACUUUGCCAUCCCUGUAUGUAACUGCACGUCGUCUUCAACGGUGAACGCAGUCCUUGAGGCCGCCCGCGACAUCAAGUCCCCCAUCAUCAUCCAAGUCUCCCAAGGCGGUAGUGCCUACUUCGCCGGGAAGGGUCUUGCCAAUGACAAGCAACAAGCCUCGAUAACGGGUGCUAUCGCAGCUGCCCUGCAUGUGCGGACAGUUGCAAAGGAGUACGGCGUCCCCGUCGUGAUGCACUCCGAUCACUGCGCGCACAAGCUCCUCCCCUGGUUCGAUGGUAUGCUAAAGGCCGACGAGGAGUACUUCAAGGCCCACGGCGAGCCGCUCUUCUCCUCGCACAUGCUCGACCUCUCCGAGGAGCCCAAAGAGCAAAAUAUCGCGACCUGCGUAGAGUACUUCAAGCGCAUGGCUCCCCUCGGCCUCUGGCUCGAGAUGGAGAUUGGCAUCACCGGCGGGGAGGAGGACGGCGUGGACAACACCGGCGUGGACAAUUCGAAGCUAUACACCCAGCCCGAGGAUAUCUGGGACGUGUACGACGCGCUGAGCAAGGUCGGCCCCAACUUCAGCAUUGCUGCAGCGUUCGGGAACGUGCACGGUGUGUACAAGCCUGGUAACGUCAGGCUACACCCCGAGCUGCUCGGCAAGCACCAGGCGUACGCUUCGCAGAAGCUCGGCGGGAAGGAGAAGCCUCUGUACCUCGUUUUCCACGGUGGCUCUGGUUCUACCAAGGAGGAGAUCCGUACCGCUGUGACUAACGGUGUCGUCAAGAUGAACGUCGACACGGACACUCAGUUCGCUUAUUUGCAAGGCAUCAGGGAUUUCGUCUUGAAGAAGAAGGACUACCUGAUGACUCAGGUUGGUAACCCGGAGGGCGCCGACAAGCCCAACAAGAAGUUCUACGACCCCCGUGUCUGGGUCCGCGAGGGUGAGAAGACCCUUGUCGAGCGCGUCAAGGUGGCCUGCGCGGAUCUCGGCAACGUUAACCGCUUGUAAGCUGAAUGCAUAGGGGUGACGCGGCAAAUUGAGAGGUCAAGAAGAAGUAAUAUAGAAUCAAAGAAAUUCUUGUACUGAGGAUCCCUUGUGUAACGAUAUGAUUGAAAUAUUGUUGACUUGGCAAGCUUGUGAUAACUUGA